GAGCAAGUAGGGAUGUAGAAGAGUAUAGUGAUGCACUGGCAUCCAGUCCUGAACAAAGCUUGAACAACAUGCUAAGGAUUAAUCGUCCAACAUCCCUUCAGGAGAACAAAAGGGCCACUCAUUAAUGUGUCAAUGUGGCAAAGAGAAAAAGUACAAUAUUUUCAGCUAGUAAUGGAAGCAAAACCUAAAGUGGAUGUAAGAAGUUUCAACAACCAAUUUUUAUUUUCUUUUAGUAUCUAAAGGUAAGCGAGAUCUGCGAAUAGCAAAAAUGUCUUCUGCUCCUGGUAUCAAGCGUCGGGAACAUGUGGACAUGAUGUACAUCUCCAUUGAAACAGCUAUUGCCCUGGCCUCUGUGGUGGGGAAUGUGCUGGUGGUGCUGGCUGUGUGUGUGAACCGAGCUCUCCGCAACACCACCUUCUGCUUCAUUGUGUCUCUGGCCGUGGCUGAUAUCGCUGUGGGAGUUUUGGUCAUCCCUCUGGCUAUUAUCAUUAGUCUGGGAUUUAAUACUCAGUUUUACACCUGCCUCUUCCUGUCCUGCCUGCUGCUGAUCAUCACCCAGAGCUCCAUCCUUUCCCUCCUGGCCAUCGCUAUUGACCGAUAUCUGCGUGUCAAGAUUCCCACCAGGUACAACACCAUAGUGACCCAGAGGAGGGCAUACGUGGCAGUUUUUCUGUGUUGGAUCCUCUCCUUCCUCACUGGAUUGGUUCCAAUGAUUGGAUGGAAUAACCGCAAUGUUCAAGGAAACCUCAGCAGUUCCAGCGACAUUGUCUGUGAAUUCACCACUGUCAUGAGAAUGGACUACAUGGUGUACUUCAAUUUCUUCGGCUGGGUGGUGGUACCCCUGUCCGUAAUGAUCGCUCUGUAUGGGGAGAUCUUUAGGGUGAUCCGGCGACAGCUUAACCGGCGUGCUGAAGCCACAUGUGAUGGAGACAGGUACUAUCGGAAGGAGCUGAAGCUGGCCAAAUCACUGGCCUUGGUGGUGUUCCUCUUUGCUGUGUGUUGGCUGCCAAUACACAUCAUGAACUGCAUUACCUUUUUCUGCCCAAAGUAUUCCAUACCUAAGUUUGCCAUGUAUGUAGGCAUUUUCAUGUCCCAUGUGAACUCAGCACUCAACCCAAUGGUUUAUGCAUACAGGAUAAAUGGGUUCCGUGUCACGCUGAUCCAGAUCACUAGCCGCUGCAUGCUGUGUAAACCCACAGAGCCCACCGCGUGCCCCACCAGCACACCAGCCAUACCGGAGAAAGUGGAUGUAAAAAUGUAACAAAGAACUGCAGUACUCCCGUGCACAUGGUUUACAGUGAGAUGUACAGUGACUACAGUGACUGAAUUACAUGUAUGUGAUAUUUGGAAUAUUAACCGAUUAACGAACACAAAAGCAAAGCACUUCAUUGGGUCAUGGGACAAGUUCAUCUCUGACCCAUUCAUAUUUAUUUGACAUUUAGAUUUCAAAGAAAAUCAGCCUGCAAUCAACAGAACAAUUAUAUAUUCCCAUCAACAUGCAUUAUUUUGUUUUCAAUUGAUGCUUCAUAAAUUGAUUCAUAUUGAAUUAUAAUAUAUAUGUCAACAAAAUAAGUUAUGCAACAACCAUUUCAUGUUCAAAUAGGUUGUGGGUAAAUUCACCAGAAUAA